AUGUCGCAGAGCAUCUCCUCUUGGGCUCCUGGUCGCUCACGCAAUGAGCCGGUGAGCUUCGCACAGUUGCUUGAGCAAGUGGCAUCUAGGCAUGAGACUGAAAUUGCAGAGCUUUCCGGUGGCUUGGGUGGAGAGGGGGCCAUAGGGGACCUUGACCAAACGCGUGACGCCUCCUCAGGUUCGGCGCCGGCCGCGCAAGAGCUUGAGAUCUUCAGUGAGAGGGAAGAGGAGAAGGAGACGGUUGCUCCGAGCCAGACGAAGUUGAUCAACUUCUCAGCAUUGUGGGGGCAUGUUGAAUCCAUCAAGCCUGAUCUGCGCAGGCAGACAAGCAGUGGCCUGGGCCUGAAGCGUGUCUGGCAGGAAGGUGCGCCUCGAAUGAAUCUGCUGUCCACUGCGAGCGGAGCCAUUGGGGAUCACGUGAACAACCGCUGUGUUGCCUGGAUUCUUGAAAUAGUGGACUGGUGGCACAGCGUGCAGGAGCCGGAGCGGUCAGGAUGUCUGUACCAAAUUCAAGCCUCGCGACUUGUCAGAGAUCUUUCCACCUUAGUGAUACUCGCAAAUGCCGUUUCCAUCACACUUCUCACCGAUUGGAUCUUGAAACAUCCGCAAGAAGGGAUCCCUGAUACUUUCCAGUAUGCUGACCUUGCUUUCGUCGCUUUCUUCGUUCUGGAGAUUGGAUUGCGCUUGUGCGUGCACCGCUUCUAUUUCUUCAUCAAUGACAAUGCCAUGUGGAACAUUAUGGACUUUGCUUUGGUCGUGUUCAGCCUCCUGGAAAUAUCGCUGAGUUGGUCUGCGGGCAAGAACGGCAAUGGUACAAUUAUGUACUUGCGGGUUUUCCGAUUGUUCAAGUUUGCACCGAUUCUUCGAAGCCUUCGGGUCAUCACGGCUUUUCGAGCCUCUUGGACAUGUUUCGCCUUGUGCCCCUCAGCGGACCCUGUCUGGAUCCGUGGCGGCUUGCAGCUCGUGCGCUUGUCCCAUUCCGGAGUCAGCAGCGAGGAAUUGGCAAUGAUGAUGGAGAGCUUUCGCUCGUGCAUCGCGGCAAUGUUUUGGAGCCUGGUGCUCCUUCUCUUCCUCGUUUACAUGAGCUACUUGGGUCGAAAGGGCAUCCGCAGGAACCAUUUCGGUUCCGUCGUCCAGACCAUGCUUUCCCUGUACAUGGCAGUCACUGGCGGGAACGAUUGGUCUUUGUAUUACCAUCUCCUUCAACAUACUGGAAUCUACCAGUAUCUGUUUUUGGGCUACACGUUCUUCUUUGCCUUUGCGAUUUACAACAUAUUGACAGGGAUUUUUGUGGAACGAGCAGUGGCUACAAACAUGCCGGACCGAGAGCAGCAGAUUCUGCAGGAACGCAGGAAGCUUCUGGAGCAGGCAGAUGAACUACGCUACCUGUUUUCAUGCCUGGACCUUGAUGCAUCGGGUCUUAUCUCUCUCGACGAGUUUCUCAAGUGCAUGAAGAACCCGCGGAUUGUGGCAUACAUGUCCAGUGUGGGGGUGAGCGUCCACGAUGUGGAAUACCUGUUCCGAAUUGUCGCCAACGAAAACGACGAGGUGGAAAUUGAUCGUUUUGUGGAUGGGUGCAUGGCCAUCAAGGGCUCUGCCACAGCGCUCGACAUGCAGAAGCAAAUUUACCACAUUCAGCAGCUGUCUCAGAAGUUGAAGAGCUGGGAAGACUUGUAUUGGCCCGUUCUCAUGCAUGCCAUGCCAUCGUCUACGCCUGCAGAUGACGACCUUCGAAUGAGCUUGUGA